AUGCCGAAGAAGGAGAAUACCAUCAUAGUGAAAGACGACGAGACCGUCAACAGAGUCGCAGUGCGCAUCCCACCUUUUUGGCCAGAAAACCCGGAGCUUUGGUUUGCGCAGCUGGAAGGGCAGUUCACGCUAGGCGCCAUCACCGACGAUGACGUCAGAUAUGGCUACGUUUUAUCAAAACUAGAGCCACGGCAAGCUAAGGAAAUCAAAGACGUAAUCACCAAUCCCCCCUCCAGCAACAAAUAUUCAGCUAUAAAGCACGCGCUGAUUCAACGACUGACAGAUUCGCAAGAGCAGCGGAUCAGGAACGACAGUCUCCGACGACUUAUUACACUCUGGCUAGGACGUCUUCCGCCGCAGAUCCAAGCAAUCCUCGCAACGAGGAAAGGCGACAAGCUGCAAGACAUGGCAGAACAAGCAGACCGCAUCCAUGAGGUCGAUAGUAGAGCUCUCGUUCUUGCCAUAGAUCUCCGGCCAGCAACAGCAGCAGUAGCAGCAGCAACCAGCAGCCAGAAUACACUUACGACGCAGAUGGAAGCGCUCACUUUGCAGGUGGCAACUCUCACCGAGCAGCUUACAAACAUGGCCAAAGAGCUGCGGAGAGGACGCAGCCGAAGCACAAAGUCGGUCACGAGGCAGACCCCGCAGUAG